AUGGCUGAAUCAGGAGAGUAUUAUCUUAAGAAAAUAAAAAAUGGGACUCUUCCAGUCCUUGAUAGUUUUAGGAUUAUACUUCCAACUGCUGACAAUCAAUUCGUCAACAGGAUUCAAAAGGAAUGCAUUUCAUGGUAUAAUGUUGAAGACAUGGACCCUGAGGAGCCAAAGCGAUACAAUGAGCCUGAAAUGCUUGCUAGCAUGAAUUUCCUCAAAGGUUUAAUUAGCAAAGAAGCUGAGACUUACUAUCAGAAUGAUUAUUCAAAAGUCUUUUUGGCAGGCUUUUCUCAAGGAUGCUGCCUUAGUUUUUUGAUAGGCCUGACUUUCAAUCACAUUCUUGGAGGAGUGAUAGGUUUUGGGGGUAUUGUUGUGCCUCUCUUCUUCAAAAUGAUAAAAGGAGAGGAUGGAGAUUCAGAUAUGUCUGAGAGUUUCUUGCUUAGGUAAAAAGCUGAAUCUCUACCAGUGCUGUAAUAUCAUGGCAAAAAUGAUCCAUUAUUCUAGCUUGAUAGAGUUUAAGGUAACGUGGAGAGAUCUUGGACUCAAUUAGGUUUCUAGAAUUACUAGAUUAUAAGUGAGGAAGGACUUCCUCAUUAUACUAGUGAGACUGGCUUUAAAAAGAUGAAUGAAUUCAUUUAAGAGAUAGUUUAAAAGUAAGGGAAGUAGGCUAAGUUAUGA